AUGGCACAGAAAGUAAAUGAAAUAAAAUCAGUCAGUCAGUCAAUCAGUCAGUCUCUCUCUCUCUCUCUUUCUUUCUCUCUCUCUCUCACUCAUUCACUCACUCACUCAUAUGUGGCAUCAUGGCGAUCUUUUCCGUGGGUAUUUACGAUAGCCCAAGUUCGAACCCCAAUCCUAGGAGCGGAUUUCCUCGCCCACUUUAACUUGUCCGUUAAUAUGUCUUCCCUUUCUUUGGAGGAUAAAACGACCAACAUUACAAGGAAAGGAGUUACAUUUAUUUAUACGAGCACAUGUAUCAGCGCAACUCUACCUGAAGCCAACGGAAUGCAGGAUCUGUUACAAAAAUAUUCUCAAAUUACAACACCAUUCCGGUAUACAGAAACCGUUCGUCACAAUGCUGAGCACCACAUUGAUACUACGAGCCCACCCACGCAUUCAUCUCCACGGCGAUUGAGGCCUGAUAAAUAUAAACUGGCGGUAUAA